AUGGGACAUCACAAAAACCAAGCAGAAGUAAACCUCACUGCAAGGACGGAAUUUGUUCUUCUGGGCUUUUCUGACAUAACCAACUCUCAAAUGUUUCUUUUUGUGAUAUUUUUCCUUGUGUAUUUGAUUAUCGUCUUGGGGAAUGGCAUAAUUAUUCUCAUAACCAUCAUUGACCAGUCUCUUCAGACUCCUAUGUACUUUUUCCUGGGUAAUUUUUCCUUUUUGGAAAUCUGCUAUGUCUCUGUCACUCUUCCGAGAAUGCUCAAAAACCUUUGGACUCGGGAAAGAAAUAUCUCUUUGCUGGCUUGUGCAACCCAGAUGAGUUUUGUCCUUAUGCUUGGAAACGUGGAGUGCCUCCUCCUUACCGUGAUGGCCUAUGACCGCUAUGUGGCCAUUUGCAACCCACUGCACUAUCCUUUGGUGAUGAACCAGAAGUUCUGUCUCCAGCUGGUGGCUGCUUGCUGGCUCAUUGGAGUUCCUGCAGAGAUAGGGCAGACAAGUCAGAUUUUCUCCUUGUCUUUUUGUGGAUCCAACCAAAUCAAUCACUUCUUUUGUGACAUCCCCCCCAUGCUUAAGCUUGCCUGUGGGAACACUUUUCUAAAUGAGCUGUUGGUUUUCUUAGCUGCUGUGGUAUUUGUCAUGCUCCCUUUUCUGCUGGUUCUUGGUUCCUACAGCAAGAUCAUCUCCACCAUCCUGAAGCUGCCAUCAGCAGCAGGAAGAGCCAAAGCCUUCUCCACUUGCUCCUCUCAUAUCAUAGUUGUGACUUUAUUUUUUGGAUCUGGAAUGAUUGCUUAUUUAAGACCCAAAUCCAAAGAUUCCUCUAAAGCAGACAAGUUUCUGUCACUUUUCUACACCAUUGUCACCCCAAUGUUUAAUCCCAUGAUAUACACUCUGAGAAAUAAGGAUGUCAUGAUAGCCUUGAGAAAAUUGCUGCCUUAA